CCGUCUAUUCUCGGUGGUCGCAAAUCUGUAGUCUCUGAAUUUUGACAGCCCAAGUGGAAAGAGAUUCGUGCCGAAAAAUGUAUAAAUUUACGAACCAUUUAACUAAUGCUAAAUUAGUAUUGGUACGGCGGCAUGUGGGCGAAAGUUCCUAUGCUGCCCUAAUAGUAAUGCGGGCACCACACCGACAAUAUGCAACAAAGGACAAAUGCGAUGCAGCCCCAAAGCGUCCAAAAUCCACAAAGCUAUUCUGGGGAGCUGUAGGUGCCACUGUACUUACUGGAGCGUCCAUUGUCUAUGCUAAGAACAGUCCAGAUGCUCGCAACUGGCUAGAGUCAAACAUCCCUUGGGCUAACGACGUCGUAGCUCUAGUCUACCAGGAGAACACCACCUAUUGGAAGGCAGCCACCAACCAGUUCAACAGGACCACCACUUAUCUCAGCCAUUUCAUGUUCGGAAAGGAAGGCGUUACUCCACCAGAAGUAUGCUCGAGAUCCGAACAGGAUAUUGAAAAGGAUGCUGCGAUAAAAUUCGCCAAGAAAACGUAUCAAUUGCCACCGCCGGUAAUCGAACCAUUGUACGUCGAGGAAAAGGUUGUGACUACACCGCAAAUUGAAAGUAAAGCGACUUUGGUUCAAACUGACAAAUGCGAGCCUCAGACGGCUCAAGAAGUGAAGAUUACUAAGGAUAUGGUGGAACUUGAGCAAGAAAUGCACGAGAACACGAAGAUCGCCAUAGACAACUAUAAACUGGCGACACAGUACUGUGCUGACUACAAUAAAGCUUUGUUCAAGAUCAUAGAAGCGUCCUUGGAUGAUUUGGAUAAGAAAUACUUCAAUGGACUGCAAGGUCUACAACAACAGAUGCACAACGCACAUGUUAAGGCAAAAGCAGCCUCCGCUAAAGCCAAAUGUGCUAUUGAGAACUUAGACCGUAUGAUCAAGACUGGCAUGAAGGCACCGCCAGAAAGCCAGGCUACAACCAAGCGUUACAUCAAGCAGUUCCGCGCAGACCUCAUACAAGCCGAGAAGAAUUUCAGUGCUGAACAGGAGAAAUCUGUAAUCAGCGAUAAGUAUUGGAAUAAGGUAGAGGCGGCUCGUACCAUGUUCAAGGACGAGCUACAGGCGCUGUUUCCCGGCCUCGACCUUAGUGCACGCAAACUGAAUAUACGCGGAGAUACCGAUGUCCUACUUGUCUACGCUCUGAAGAGGAUACAAUUUCUGCAGAAUCAAUUAGCAGAGGCUCAGACGAUUCGCGACCUUAAGAUCAACAGGGCUAUUGAAUGUCAUGACGAGAAAGCAAUCAUUGAGGCUAAAGCCGAAGACAUCAUUAUGGCAGAGAGGAUGGUCAGAGAAACUGAAUUUAUGAAGAAGAGCAUGUUGAUCCAAGCGGAAGCGAACAGGCAGACAAAGGAAGCUCUUAAGAAACAGCUGGAGAUCCAACAAGAAGUUAUGCAUGACAGAAUUGCUAAGAAGGAGAAAGAGAUGAUGGCUAACUUCAACCGCGCGGUGUCUGAGCAAGUCGAGGCCGAGCGAGUGGAGUUCAAGAAGGAACUAGCCGCCAUGGCAGGCAAGCUGAAAGCCAUUGAACAGACCUUGAAACAGCGCGCGGCGGCGGAGGCGGAGGCGCGUCGCUCGCAGUCGCUGUGGGCGGCCGCCGAGGCGCUGCUGGCCGCCACGCGCCGCCCCGCCGCGCAGGCCAAGGUCGACAACGAACUCUCCGCGCUCGCCAAGGCUGGCAAGGACGACAAGCUGGUGGAGUCAGUACUUAAGGGCAUUCCCGCAGAUGUUCGCGAAAAGGGAAUCGCUACCGAGAAGUCGUUACGGGACAGGUUUGAAACGCUGGAGAAGACGGCAAUGAAAGUGGCUCUAGUUGGACGCGAGGGAGCCAGUCUGCCCGUCUACUUCCUGUCCUGGGUGCAAUCACUGUUGCUCUUCAAGCAAUUCGCUGAGAUCCCCCAGGAAGAGUUGGAGAACCAGCCCACGGACUUCACUAAGUUAGACACCUUCGACAUCAUACAUCGGGCGAGGUACCACAUGGACCACGGCAACCUGCCGGCGGCGCUGCGCUACGUGAACCUGCUGCAGGGCGCGCCGCGCGCCGCCGCCAAGCCCUGGCUCGACGCCGCGCGCGCGCACCUCGAGAUACGACAGGCCGCAGAAGCCGUCAUGGCGCACGCCUCCGUCUCAGGGCUACUAUACCUAUAAACAAUACACGAAGCACGUGAAUUUUGUUCCCUAACUCUCGGGUACUACCUAGUAAUCAACUAAAAACAUACUUUUAAAUCAUCAUCGUCAAGCUUAAGUGCUCAAAAGAUCCCUUCCCACACGGAGAAGUUUUGAGCAUUAGUCACCACGCUUGCUCAAGGCUGAUCGGCGAUUUCGAAUUGGCCAUAAAUUUACAGUAAAUAAUUAUUUUAUAGACUACUACUAAACUACGUUAAAAAAAUCAACUUUUACCUUUUUGAUGUUGGUUAAUUAAUAUACUAAAACCUUGUCCUAUAUCUAACAAUUUUCUGGAAACCGCAUCAAAUUCCAAUGAACCAAUAGCGAUAUAGUUGUACACAAACAUACAUACACCACGACACUGGCUGUAUAGUCGACAACUUCGUUUUGGAGACUCGGUUGCCAAAGAAGAAAAAAAAAAUAAAACUAAGAAACACAAUUCUGUUAAAAAUACUAAUUCUUAAAUAUACCUAAACCUCGUGAAGAGGUUUUACAUCAUUUGAAUUGAUACUAGAUAAUACUAAUGUCAAUUUCAUCAGCAUAAGAUAGGAUAAUAUAAUUUGUAGUAGUAGUUUUGGUUAACAAAGGUUACUCCCGAUAGUUUGUUCAUUUAAUGACAAUUAAAAGAAAUAAGUGAACAAAAUUCACAUGCAAUCAGUAUUGGAAGUUAGCAACCGUAGGCGACUUUAAACAUCUUAGGCACAUGUCUAUCUUCAUAAGUGCUAAAGGCUACAAAAGUACUAGAAAUUUAUACUUUAUCAUAGUGCUUUUAGAGUGCACUGUGCAAUGUAAUUUACUAUCAGCAUACCAUGUAGAUUUAUAGGUAAAAAAGUCGGUAUCAUAAUGCCUGGCGCAGUUCUUGAUCAAGUAAAGUUGUUAAUUUGGUUCAGUUGUCCCCUUAUUUUGACUGUUUACAAUACAUUAUCAUAAAGUUUUGCCUUAGUACUUGAGAAAAUACGUUAUUUUUGACAUUAUUGUUUUAUUCAUCAACCGGUUGUAGAUCAUUUGUACCUGUGUUGAUGACAGUAGGUGAAACAUGUAAACUCAUUAUUCAGGUGAACAAUAUUAAGGUUCUUAAAUGUAAAGUUUGUUCAAAACAGUGGAAAUUUUGUAUUUUUUUUUCUCUGCACAUAUGUGUCUGCAUUUAUUUGAAAAAAUAUCAAAAUGUUUAGUUUCCGCAAAUUAUGGUGCCAGCGAUGAAACGUGUGGAGGUUUCCUUUAAUUUUAGUAAUUUAUGUAAAUAUAAAAAUAUUGUAUGUAAUAAAUUAAAAGAUGAUUUUUAUGUCA